AUGGAUCGCACUCUCACAUUGGACAAAUUGGCAGUUGAGCUGCUUACGCUCAUUUCUUUCUUCGCUUGCACCGACGGGGGCCAAACCGGCUGCUCUCUCGCCCUUGUCUCCAAACGCAUCAACUAUGCAUCGCGCCCUGCGCGUUUCUACUCUGUCCAACUGCUUGACUCCCCCACUCAGAUCGAGAAAUUCCUCCAAUCCUAUCAGCAACAGCAGGCCCGCGCGACCGACAAUAUCCCUCGCGUUCGGCAUCUCUGCCUUUCCUUCUUCGGGAAAGGUCUCGAAACCGCUCCUACAGACGCCACGCCCAUGCCUGCUCCUAGGUCGCGGGCCGAAUGGCUUGCGUCCCUGCAAAAGCGGGCUCAGCACAUGCAGUCCGGACAAGAAAGUCUGGAUGAGCAAUACAACCGCGUCAUUCCGGCUUUGAUCCGCACCGUCGCCCCCGACCUCCAUUCGCUGGCACUCAUGCAGGCCCAGUGGAGAAGUUCAACCGUCCUUCGUUGCCAGUUCCCUUGCUUGGAGGAGAUGACCCUCGUCGGAGGCGAUCCUACUUUCCUGCCGUUCGACUUCCUCCCGAGCGACAAGCCCAUCUAUCCUGUGCUCAAGCGGUUGCAUCACAUUCAGUCGCUCGUCAACAAGGAUGUCGACUUCUUCAAGUGGGCGAAGCAUGCGCCGGAGCUUACGCAUCUCCGAGUCUCGCGUCUCGAUUACCAUCCGCGCGGCACCGUCGACACCCUCAUACAAUCUAUCGGUACUUCCGCACCGGAAGAUGUGUUCCCGCACCUCGAGAAGGUCGUCAUUCAACCCAAUCCUGGCCCUCCGCUUGGUGCGCGUCAAGGUACGGCCGAGCUCUCGUACCGCGACUUCCUCAGCCACCUCCGGAGGUCCAUUACGAAGGCACGAGUACCGGUGCUUUUGCUCCCUCCCAUGGAGCUCCCGAAGGUCGCUCCUGGGGUGGACCCCAGUCGCGGCUGCAUCAUGAAGCUGCGAAGUGUCUGGCAGUCGACUAUUGAGGGAAAACAGUAUACCUGGGAGACUUCCGUCGCUGAGCCCCAAUUGCCCCCUGCCAGGCUGAUGCCGUCCGGCUUCGUCACCCCAUCGCACAUGGCUAAGGGAAUGGUCGCGGUGGGAGCCUGAA